GGACCGGGCGCGAUGGGGCCUCGGGCGCUCCCCCCUGGCCGCGGCGCUGCGCUGCGGCGCGCACGGGCUCGGCGGGCUGCGAUUCGGCCCGCGGCCGCUGCAGGAAGGGCCGCUCCCGCGCUCCCCCGCCCCUUCCCUGCCUUCUGCUGACGCCGACGUCGUCUGCGGGAGCCGGAGGGACGCUCCGACCGCGGCCGGGAGGCUCCUGGGGGCCGCGGCGCCGAGUAGAAGACAAAGAAAACAUGUCAGGACACAAAUGCAGCUAUCCCUGGGACAUGCAGGAUCGAUAUGCUCAAGAUAAGUCAGUUGUAAAUAAGAUGCAGCAGAAGUAUUGGGAAACAAAACAGGCAUUCAUUAAAGCCACAGGGAAGAAGGAAGAUGAACACGUUGUUGCAUCUGAUGCAGAUCUGGAUGCCAAGCUGGAGCUCUUUCACUCGAUUCAAAGAACCUGUUUGGACUUGUCUAAAGCAAUUGUACUCUAUCAAAAGAGAAUAUGUUUCUUGUCUCAAGAAGAAAAUGAACUAGGAAAAUUUCUCCGAUCCCAAGGCUUCCAAGAUAAAACCAGAGCAGGAAAAAUGAUGCAAGCAACAGGAAAGGCCCUCUGCUUUUCUUCCCAGCAAAGGUUGGCCUUGCGAAAUCCUUUGUGUCGUUUUCACCAAGAAGUGGAGACUUUUCGGCAUCGGGCCAUUUCAGACACUUGGCUGACAGUUAACCGCAUGGAACAGUGCCGAACUGAAUACAGAGGGGCAUUAUUAUGGAUGAAAGAUGUGUCACAGGAACUUGAUCCAGACCUCUACAAGCAAAUGGAGAAGUUCAGGAAGGUUCAAACACAAGUCCGCCUUGCCAAAAAGAGCUUUGACAAAUUGAAGAUGGAUGUAUGUCAAAAAGUGGAUCUUCUUGGAGCAAGCAGAUGCAAUCUCUUGUCUCAUAUGUUAGCAACAUACCAGACCACUCUGCUUCAUUUUUGGGAGAAAACUUCUCAUACUAUGGCAGCCAUCCAUGAAAGCUUCAAGGGUUAUCAACCAUACGAAUUCACCACAUUAAAGAGCUUACAAGAUCCUAUGAAAAAACUGGUUGAGAAAGAAGAAAGGAAGAAGAUCAGCCCGCAGCAAAGUGCAGAGGCCAUAGCAGAAGAGCCAAGUCAGUUAAUUUCAUUAGAGGAUGAUAACCAGCACAAGGAAUCCUCAAGCUUAAAAACUGAAGAUGGAAAAAGUAUUUUAUCUGCCUUAGACAAAAGCUCUACACAUAAUGCAUGCUCAGAUGAACUCUUAGACAUGGAACCUGAGGAAGGCGCUUGCUUGGAUCCAACCGCGGAGAUGACGGAGCAUGAAGGUGCUGACAAAGAUGACCUGUUGCUGCUGAGUGAGAUCUUCAGCGCCUCCUCGCUGGAAGAGGGCGAGUUCAGCAAGGAGUGGGCUGCCGUGUUUGGAGACAGUCGGCUGAAGGAGCCGGUGUGCACUGGGGCCCUGGGAGAGCCGGACCCCAAGGCCCCUGCAGGCUCAGGAUUCCUUCCUUCACAGCUUUUAGACCAAAAUAUGAAAGACUUGCAGGCCUCACUACAAGAGCCUGCCAAGGCCUCCUCAGACCUGACUGCUUGGUUCAGCCUCUUCGCUGACCUCGACCCAUUAUCAAAUCCUGAUGCUAUCGGAAGAACGGAUAAAGAACAUGAGUUACUCAACGCAUGAGCCUGCAGCUCAGGAAGAGCAGGCCCGAGAAGCGAUCAGUAUGCUGUUUGAAUAUUUACGUGCCAUUUUAAUAAAGCAAGAGGGUGAAAGGCCCUGUUUAUAUUGGUAUAUUAUUUACUCUUAUUUGGCCGAGAGGGGUCUAGGGGAUUUGCCACCUGGACCUCAACAGCACAGGACAGUCACGGAGCGGCUGGCCGCCAGCUGCCCUCCUACCAAAACCUGCACCCCAUGGCAGACACCUCGUCACCUGGCUCAUGGGAGAUGAGGCAGAAGCCCGGGUUAAAUAACACGGCUUGCAACUCCCGAGGCCGCAGGAGGCUCAUGCUGCCAACAUGCCUCCUCUCUGCCUCCCUGCCCUGAGAUGAGGGCUGCAGGGAGACUCUCCUUCCU